AUACGGCAGGGUUUUCAAUUUGAAAAGGCAGUACUGCAAAUACCAGUAUUUGCAACAAGACCCACGAAAUUGCCACAAAUUUUGUGUAAAGCAUGGAAUUCCAAUUCUAUGGUAUAUGUUGAAUAUUCUGUAAUGCGAGCAAAUCGCAGAGCUUUUCUCCCCACCAGUCUCUUCUUCUCUUUUCUCCGUUUCUAGGGUUUCCGUUUCCCACUUCUUCCCGGAACGUCGUUUCUCAACCAGGUUUUGAGGGCACGAUUUUGAGGACUUGGUGGUGAUAAUUUGAUCGGAGGCGUUCAUUUUUGUUAAAUAUGAGUGUGGUGGGGAUUGAUAUCGGAAAUGAGAACUGUGUGAUUGCGGUGGUGAAGCAGCGGGGGAUUGAUGUUUUGUUGAAUGAGGAAUCGAAACGUGAAACCCCGGCUGUGGUUUGUUUCGGCGAGAAGCAAAGGUUUCUCGGGUCUGCUGCUUCUGCCUCUGCAAUGAUGCACCCAAAAUCGACGGUUUCGCAGGUAAAGAGGCUUAUUGGUAGGAGAUUUAGGGAGCCUGAUGUUCAAAAGGACCUUCAAAUGUUGCCUUUUCAAACUUCUGAAGGCCCAGACGGUGGCAUUUUGAUACAUUUGAGUUACUUGGGUGGAAUGCAUACAUUUACACCGGUUCAAAUUACAGCGAUGCUUUUUGCACAUUUGAGAGAGAUUAUAGAGAAGAAUCUGGAAAUGCCUGUUUCAGAUUGUGUGAUCAGUAUUCCAUCGUACUUUACAGACUUGCAGAGACGCGCAUAUUUGGAUGCUGCGAUAGUUGCUGGGUUGAAGCCUCUGAGAUUGAUGCAUGACUGUACCGCAACUGCUCUCAGUUAUGGGAUUUACAAAACAGAUUUCCCCAGUUCUGGUCCAACUUACGUGGCUUUUGUUGACAUUGGCCAUUGUGAUACCCAGGUCUCUGUUGCAUCUUUUGAGUCUGGGCAUAUGACGAUGCGAUCUCACACUUUUGAUAGAAGCUUGGGAGGGAGAGACUUUGAUGAGGUCUUGUUUAGUCAUUUUGCUGCACAGUUCAAGGAGCAGUAUAGAAUUGAUGUGUACUCUAAUGUCAAGGCAUGUGUCAGGCUAAGGGCAGCAUGUGAGAAGCUGAAAAAGGUUUUGAGUGCAAAUGCGGAGGCACCUCUUAAUAUUGAGUGUUUGAUGGAUGAGAAAGAUGUUAAGGGUUUCAUUAAAAGGGAAGAAUUUGAAAUGCUGGCUUCAAGUUUGUUGGAGAGGAUUCGUGUUCCUUGUAGUAAAGCUUUAGCUGAUGCAGGUUUAACCGCCGACAUGAUUCAUUCUGUAGAGCUUGUUGGGUCAGGGUCUAGGAUCCCAGCUAUUGCUAGAGCAUUAGUUUCUCUAUUCAAGGUAGAACCACGUCGGACACUGAAUGCUAGUGAAUGUGUAGCACGUGGAUGUGCUCUUCAAUGUGCAAUGCUAAGUCCUGUUUUCCGAGUCAGAGAAUAUGAGGUUCAAGAUGCUAUUCCUUUCACUAUAGGAUUCUGUUCAGAUGAAGGUCCAAUUGGCACUGGCUCAGAUGGCGUCUUGUUUCCAAAAGGCCAACCCAUCCCAAGUGCUAAAGUAUUAACACUUCAACGAAGCAGUUUAUUCCAUUUGGAAGCAUUGUAUGCUGAUCCCAGUGAACUGCCUGCUGGCGCAUCUCCAAAAAUUAGUUGUUUUACGAUUGGUCCUUUCCAAGGCUUCCAUAGUGACAAGACAAGGGUUAAAGUUAAAAUUCAAUUAGACCUCCAUGGUAUUGUCUCUGUUGUAUCAGCUAGGAUGGUGGAAGAACAUGGAGACGAUUCAAAAAUGGACCCGAUGGACACUGAUUGUGUAACUGCUUCUGUUUCAUCUGAGGCAGCUGAAGACAGGUUUCAAGAGAGUAUGCAGUCCAAAUCUUCACAUGCUACUGGUGAUGGUAGACACAAUAAAGCCACUAGCAGGCUAGAUAUACCCAUUAGUGAAAAUAUAUACGGUGGAAUGACCAAGGCUGAACUUUCAGAAGCUCAAGGAAAAGAACUUCAGUUAGCUCAACAGGACAGAGCUAUGGAACAAACCAAAGACAAAAAGAAUGCGUUGGAAUCUUAUGUCUAUGAGAUGCGGAAUAAGCUCUUCAACACAUAUCGAAGCUUCGCAAGUGACCAAGAGAGGGAGGGCAUCUCCAGGAGCCUACAGCAGACAGAGGACUGGCUUUAUGAUGAUGGAGAUGAUGAAACUGAAAAUGCCUAUACUUCAAAGCUGGAAGAUCUUAAGAAGCUGGUAGAUCCAAUUGAAAGCCGAUAUAAAGAUGAAGAAGCAAGAGCACAGGCUACUAGAGAUCUAUUAAAGUGCAUUGGUGAUUAUCGCAUGGCUGCGGAUUCACUUUCACCCAUGGAUAAAGAAUCGAUUGUUACCGAGUGCUUUAAGGUGGAGCAGUGGCUUAGAGAGAAAAACCAACAGCAAAACUCCAUGCCAAAGAACAUGGACCCAAUAUUAUGGUCGAGUGAUAUUAAGAGCCGGACUGAGGAGUUGAACUCGAAAUUCAAACACAUAUUUAGAUCCAGGGCUUCUCAUCGAGAUGACCACAAGGGUUCAAACCAGCAUGAUACUUCUAGACACAAAUGAGUGGACCGAUGCUGGAUGGCAAACACAGAUUUUUAGCCUUAGUCUCUUGUUCUGACAACUGUAUAUCUGUUGCAUUUGUGUUGCUUUUUCUUUAUAUAGAUGGGCAGCCAUAUAAAGCACACACUAAAUAUUUGCCCCAGUUUUGUGUGUUCAACGAAAGACCUAUACCAUUAUAACAUCAUGAGAAAACCGUCGAGAUCGAGAUCUAUGAAUUUAGCAAUACAAGUUAUGGUGCUAAGCCUGUGAAAGAGUUAUGAACAAUUCGUUGCUAACAGAAGCCAUGGUUUUGUUGGUGCUGUCAGACCUUGCUGGAGAAUGAUUCUUGUCUAAAGAAUAAACUGUUGUAUAUUAUAUUCCAGGGACUAUUUUGUUUUGUUUCUCUUUUGAAAAAAGUUUAUGUAGAAGCCAACGUAUGCUCUCCCUUCA